AUGGGAUCACCAGGCCCUCAGCGUGCGCGGUCAGCUGUUGUCGACACCGAGAAAGCUGAAGAGGCGGGAAGGCCGCAGGGGCUCGAGAUCGCCAACGCAGGCGAAGCGCCGCCGGCUUCGGCAGCGUCCAGGCCGAUUACGAUUGGGCGGGCGGGCAAUGAGGAUGAGGAUGGCGAAAUCAAACCCAAACUUCCGUUUUCCAAGGCGAGGUCCAUCGCCCUGGUGGCGACGGUGACGGGCGCGAGCUUCUUGAAUACCCUUUCGAUUCAAUCCGUCGUCAUUAUCCUGCCGACCAUCGGCCAGGACCUCAACAUCCCAGAUAGCAGACUGCAAUGGAUCGUCUCGUCCUACGCGCUCAGCUUUGGGUGUUUCCUGCUGCUUUGGGGCCGCAUCGCGGAUAUAUACGGCAAGCGCCGCAUCUUCAUCUGGGGCAGCGGCUUCGUGGCCGUCACUAUGAUCGCCAACCCCUUCUUGCCGAACGAAAUCGCCUUUGACCUGUUCAGGGGUCUUCAGGGACUGGGUGCCGCUGCCAAUGUGCCGACAGCAAUUGGGAUUCUGGGAACGACCUUUCCGCCCGGCAAGGCAAAGAACUACGCCUUCAGUGCCUAUGCGGCCGGGGCGCCUCUCGGGAGCGUUUUCGGCAACUUGCUCGCUGGCUUCAUCGCCUCCUUUGCCAAUUGGAAGUGGGUGUUCGGCGCCACUGGCGGUCUCGCGAUCGUGGUCACGGCUGCUGGGAUCUUCUUCAUACCGCCUCCCCCAGCUCAUCUCACAUCGGGUAAAGACAGCGCCGGCUUACUGAGGUCGGUAGACUGGAUCGGCGGGUUCCUCGUGACCGCAGGCAUCCUCGCGCUGCUAUUCGCGCUCACGGAGGGCAACACCGUAGGGUGGGACACCGUCUGGAUCUACCUCCUCGUCGUGGUCGCUCUGCUGCUGAUUGGCAUGUUCGUGGCCUGGCAGUGGUAUCAGGAAAAGCACACGACGAAGAAGCCGCUUAUGAAAGUAUCGGUUUUCAAGAACUCUCGGUUCUGCGCCGCGAUGAUCAUCAUGGCCCUCUUCUUCGCCGCCUUCAACGACUUCCUCAUCUAUGCCACGUACUUCUUCCAGGACUACCAAGGCCUCAGCGCCCUGCAGACCACGCUGCGAUUCAUCCCGACUGGUGUGGCGGGCGUGAUCACCGCCUUCGUCGUCAGCCGUCUCAUCUCUCGCGUCCCGACGUGGAUCCUGCUCGUGAUUGGCAACCUGGCCGUGUCGAUGUCGUGCUUGUUGUUCGCGGUCCCUAUCUCGAACGGCACUUCGUACUUCGCCUUUGGACUGCCGGCUUUCAUUCUGUCGGUCAUUGGCGCUGAUAUCACGUGGCCGAGCUUGACCCUCUUCACGUCGAAAUGCCUUUCUCAGGACGAUCAGGCGCUCGGUGGCGCACUUAUCAACUCGAUGGGGCAGAUAGGAAGAGCGAUCGGGCUAGCCAUCACCACGGCCAUCCAGACCGCAGUCAUGGCCCAGGAGAGGGGCGUAUCCGUCGAAGAAUCUACUAAGAUCUUGGUGGGGGAUCCGGCGUCUCUAUCUGGACUGAGGGCAGCCAACUGGUUCAGCUUUGCUCUGGCGGUCUGUUGCAUAGUCGUUGUGGUUGUGUUCUUCCGCGGGACCGGGAUUGUUGGGAAGAUCGAGAAAGCGACGGAGAGAUCGAAUGGGGAAGAGGGCAUCAUGAACCAGGCAGAUACUUCCCGCAAGUCAUAA